AUGGCCCGAUCUCGACGACACUCGAGGGCACCUCUCCAGGUGACAAAGCCCAACCCAGACCCACAACGAGAUACAGCCACGCCACGAUCACACAGGCGAGACCCAGACACAACACGGCAGGGAGAGAGCCAAAAGCAGGAACCUCCGCAGCAACACCACUCUCGAGGACCGGACCCGGUAGGAGGCCGGAAGCGAUUAGCACUACUGCUCAGGAGGGGUCACCCACAUACCCACGACUCACACCCACAAAAGGACUUACCUCCACAAGCACCUCGGAAGGCACAUACUCGGGCACGUGUGAAGCUCCACACUCAGCCCCGACAACGAGUCAAGCAUGCACAUCGAGCCGUGACACGGGAUUUAGGCACUACGGACUGCCAUGGGACUCAGGGUGGGGGGCUCGUAGUUACAAUCCUGUUACCCAGGGCAGACUGGAUGCCAUUGUUAGGCAUAGG